CUCGAUCAUGCUCUACAUACAGACAUAUUCUACUCUACUCAGUCUAUCUAUACUAGAAUAGCACUUAUUGAUACUUGCUAUUUCUGCUCUACUCAGUCUAUCUAUAAAACACAAUGCACAUUCUCACCCUCCUGUCCCUCGCGACGGCCAUCAGCGCCCAGACCGUGUACAUCGUCGCGCAAUGCAACACGAACGCGACCGCAUGCCAGACCGUCGGCGUCCCCUGCAACAACGGAUACCCUUACCGGUGCCCCGUGGAGGGCGACGAGGAGGAUUACUUUGGGAUCUUGUGUCGGGAUGCGAAUGCGUAUCCGCAGAUCAUUGAGAGUGGGUUGACGCUUGAACAGGCAGAGCAGGUUGCUGGAUGUCGUAGCUAGAUUCUAAAAGUCGAUGGAUGGUACUUUAAAAAAAGCCACAAUAUUAGUAGUAGAUAUUCCUUUUUCCCUUUUUCUCAUAUUUCGUCAGGCAGGCACAGACCCAUUUGUGACAACACCUCGGUAGCAAAAUCCCUGAAUCCUGUGUUUUCCGACGCUGAUGACAGUCCAUCGGAGAGCAGCCGAGUCAGCCUUAUAGUCUAUGGUGCACCUGCAUGAAGACGCAAGACAUUUAGUAAAUACUCUGCCUGCAGAUUCUACAGCCGCUGAUUCAGACUGUUUAUUGAUGAAGCCAAUAUUGACCUGCAGGCAGAAUCUAGGAAAUAUGACGGGACGGC